AUGAGAGCAGGUGAAGAGAGGAUGAGAGCAGAGGAAGAAAGGGUACGCGUAGAGCAAGAGAGGGAGAAACAACGAAAAAGAGAGGAGGCUAAGAAAAAGAAAUUAGAGAGGGAAAGAAAGAAAAAGGAAGAAGUCGAGCGAGCAAAGCAAGAGAGAUUGGUUGAGGUUGCUCAUGUUAGAGCAGAGGAGGAGCGAGCAAAAAAAGCUCGCCAGGCAGAGAUCGCACGUCUAAAGGAAGAGGCCAGACUCAAAGCAGAGGAAGAAGCUCGUCAAACCUUGGCUCACUCCUCUAGUCCAAACCAAGGGGAUGACCAAGAGCACUACGACGAUGCUGCAAGGUCUUACACAAGUGAGGAAGAAGAAGAAGAAAAUCGUUUCAAAAACUCGAACCGAAGUGUUUCCGAUGCAUUUGGAGAAGAAUUCUUUUGUUUUGAUGUGAGGAUGGCGGAAAACCGAAAAAGCUUAUGGGAAUCGAAACAAAUCGAAGCUAAUCAGGAAAUCGAGUACCAAAAACAAGAAAUCGAAGACGUAAUCAAUGCUGGUAAUAAGGUAUCGAUUUCAGAAUCUCCACCAAGGAAUGCGUUUUUGUUGACGUGA